AUUUUUCCUUUUUCUUCUUCACAUUUCUGCAAUUAAUCUGUGGGUUUUAUUAGUUUAUUGUAGAUCGAGAAAGAAAACAAUGGCGAACUAUUUAGCUCAGUUUCAAACAAUAAAGAGCGCUUGUCCUUAUCUUAUCGUUGCUGUUGAAGAUGCUAGUGACAUAUGGCCUACAGUCAAGAGUAGCUUUGAACAGCGGCUGCCAUUUAAAAAGGCUUGCUUAAAUAACAAGACCCGCAAUCCCGUGUUUCUGGAGAAUUUGCCUGCUGAAUUUGUAUUAACCACUGAUGCAAGAUUGCGUAGCAGAUUUCCUCAAGAGCAGUACUUGUUUUGGUUUCGAGAGCCAUACGCAACGCUGGUUCUCGCUACAUGUGAGGACCUUGAUGAGUUCAAGAAUAUUCUUAAACCACGCCUGAAAGUGUUUGCCCAAAAUGAUGAACGCGAAUGGUUCAUUGUAUUUGUGUCUAGAGCUCAUCCAAGCAAUGAUCAAGACACUAAAAUGGCUAAGAAAGUUUAUGCCAGAUUUGAAGCUGAUUUCAGCUCCAAGAAGAGGGAAAGGUGCUGCAAAUUUGACAUGUAUGGUCCCGAACCAAAUUUUUGGGAAGAGCUGGAGUUCAGUAUUAUAGAGUCUAUCAAAAAUACAUUGGAUAGACGAAUACAAUUCUACGAGGAUGAGAUACGCAAGCUUAGUGAACAACGAUUCAUGCCAAUCUGGAACUUCUGUAACUUUUUUAUUUUGAAGGAAAGCUUGGCUUUUAUGUUCGAGAUGGCUCAACUUCACGAGGACGCCUUACGUGAAUAUGAUGAACUAGAAUUGUGCUACAUGGAAACAGUUAAUAAUAGUGGGAUGCAUAGGGAGUUUGGAGGACUAGACCGCGGUGACGAUCAGGCGGCACUGCUUAACCCUGGAAACAAAUCAUUGACACAGAUCGUUCUAGACGAAACAUUCAGGGAGUUCGAGUUCAGACAGUAUCUCUUUGGUUGUCAAUCAAAGCUCUUAUUCAAAUUGAAUCGUUCUUUCGAGGUUGCUUCAAGGGGUUAUUCAUUUAUAAUUAGUUUCUCGAAAUCCCUGGAAUCCAAUGAGAGUAUGUUGCCCUUCUGCAUGCGUGAAGUUUGGGUAAUCACUGCAUGCUUGACGUUAAUCAGUGCGACCGGUACUCGUUAUAACGGUGAAGAUGAAGCCCCUGAAAUCGAAAAGGAGUUCUAUCGAGUUCAAGGUGAUCUUUACUCGCUAUGUAGGACUAAGUUAUUGAGGCUUGCAUAUCUAAUCGGAUAUGGAAUGGAGAUAGAACGGAGUCCUGUUAACAGUGCUUCUCUGAGCAUGCUGCCUUGGCCCAGGCCUGCAGUUUGGCCUUCAGUUCCGGAUGAAGCUUCCUCCGAGGUCGUUGUGAAAGAACAGAUGCUUCGGCAAGAAAGUCCCAGAGCCAAGCACUUUGGCCUUCAGAGGAAACCCUUGCCGCUGGAACCUACUGUCCUCGUGUGUGCGGCAAACCAGCGAAAGACUUCCUUUUCUGUUGGAAACGCAUCAGAGCUUUUCGAUGGCGAACUCGUGUCUGACGAUGGAUUAGCUUCAGAUGAAUCAGCAACGAAGUCCCCAGCAGAUAAAGCGCAAGCAAUUAUGAUGUCACGUACUUACUCAUCUCCUGGAAAUUUCGAUUGCUCGAUCGGUCGACCUAUGAGACUUGCUGAAAUUUUUGUUGCUUCCGAACAUGCUCUGAAGAAAACAAUUUCAAAUCCUGAUCUCCAGAAAUGUUUGCUGUCCAUAGAGAGCUUUGAGAAAAAAUAUAUGGAGCUCACUAAAGGUGCUGCUGACAAUUAUCAUCAUUCUUGGUGGAAAAGAUACGGAGUUGUCCUUGAUGGUGAAAUUGCAGCCGUCUGUUUUAAGCGCGGGAACUUUGAUCAAGCUGCAAAGUCAUACGAGAAGGUUUGCGCCCUUUAUGCCGGUGAAGGAUGGGAAGAUUUAUUGGCUGAAGUCCUGCCCAAUUUAGCUGAAUGUCAGAAGGCACUCAAUGACCAACAUGGCUACCUGUCAUCUUGCGUGCGAUUGCUUUCACUAGAUGAAGGCUUAUUCUCAGCAAAGGAACGCCAAACGUUUCAGUCAGAAGUGGUUAGUCUUGCACAUAGUGAAACGACGCACCACGUUCCUCUUGACGUAUCAUCGUUAAUUACAUUUUCUGGAAAUCCUGGCUCUCCUAUGGCGUUAUGUGAUGGGGAUCCGGGUACCUUGUCUGUGACCGUUUGGAGUGGCUUUCCUGAUGAUAUAACUCUUGAUUCUAUUAGUGUCACUUUGAUGGCUACAUAUAAUGCUGAUGAAGGUGGUAAGUUACGGAACUCGAAUGCCACUGUACUAAAGCCUGGUAGGAAUCCGAUCACCUUUCCUUUACCACCACAGAAGCCUGGUUCCUAUGUCUUGGGAGUCCUUACUGGCCACGUAGGAAACUUGACAUUUAGAUCUCAUAGUUUUUCCAAGGGAGGUCCAGCAGAUAGUGAUGAUUUCAUGAGCUAUGAGAAGCCAACCCGGCCUAUCUUGAAGGUUUUCAAACCAAGAUCUCUAGCUGAUCUGUCUGCAGCUAUAUCAUCUGCAUUACUGAUUAAUGAAACUCAGUGGAUCGGAAUAAUAGCACAACCUAUAAAGUACUCCUUAAAAGGUGCUGCCUUGCAUAUUGAAACUGGUUCUGGUUUAAUGAUUGAAGAGUCACAUUCCAUUGAGAUGGAGAGCUACAGAAAUUCUGCUCAGGGUUCGGCUGAUACAGCAAACUCUGGUGAUGCUGCAAAAGAUUUUUCUCCGCAUGCUAAUAAACGCUUUGAGAAGCUAUGCCUCGUAAAUGGUAAAAUAGAUUUUCCAGAAUGGGCCAGUGACGUGUCCUCGAUUUUAUGGAUUCCUGUUUGUGCAAUAGAUGAUAAGCUUUCAGGAGGGUCAUCAUCAGGGGGCCCUGACCAACAAAGUAUACUGGGCAGAAUGAGGACAAUAGCCUUGAAGCUCGAGUUUGGAAUAUCAAAAAACCAGAUCUAUGAAAGAACCAUAGCUUUGCAUUUCAGUGAUCCUUUCCAUGUGAGCACGAGAAUUGUAGAUCAAUGCAAUGAUGAUACUUUGCUUUUGCAGGUAAUACUGCACUCGCAAUUGAAUGCCACAUUGUCAGUUUGCGAUGCUUGCCUUGAUCUUCAAUCUGGAUUUAUUCAUGCUGGACAGGGUAAUGGAAGACCAAUUUCUGGGUAUUUUCCACUUGUCAUAUCUCCAACUUCAAAAGCCGGGCUCCUCUUCCAUUUAUGCUUGAAGAAGAGAAGUGCUGAAGAUGAAGAUAAGGUACCACCAGAAAACAUAUUAAACAUAAGAUAUGGAAUUUCUGGUGAUAGGACCAUUGGCGCACACCCACCUGUGGCUACAAAAUCAAAUGAAAUUAAAGACACUGGUCGGGACUUAACAUUCAGCAGUGCACUCGUUUUGCAGCAGCCUAUCCUUAACCCGUGCUUGGCCGUUGGAUUUCUACCUCUUCCUUUCGAUUGUCUUCGAGUUGGGAAACUUGUUACCAUAAAAUGGAGGGUUGAAAGGUUGAAAGCCAUCGAGGAGAAAAGAGUUCCUCAAAACAAUGAUGAGAUGUUGUAUGAAAUCAAUGCGAAUUCUGAUAAAUGGAUGCUUGCUGGGAGGAAAAGAGGGCAUACUUCGCUAGCCAUGAAGCAAGGUUCAAGGGUAGUUAUUUCCAUAUUGUGCAUGCCACUUGUUGCUGGAUACAUCCACCCUCCUCACCUUGGGCUCCCGGAUUUCGAUGAAGCGAAUAUAAGCUGCAGCCCUAUUGGAUGUCACAUGGUUUGUGUCUUGCCUCCCGCUCCAAGUUCAUCCUUCUGCAUUUCAGCAUGAUUGUCUUGGCUUCUCCUCCGGUCAUAUUUUCCACUUUCGUCGAGUAGAUUCAGUUCAAUGAAUUUUCCGAGAUACAUUCAUGACUCCCUUUAGAGUUUUUCUCUAUUUUUGUAAAUUUCAACAUUUGGAAGA